ACAAAACUCAGCACAGGUGGAAGAAGGGUCACCAAUUAGGCUCAAGAAGAAAACUUUGCUUUCCAAGUAAGGUUAUAUUUGGUUUCUUUAUUAUCAGUAGAAUUUGUUUGUAGUCCGUGCGCCUCAGUCUGAGGAAGAUAUCAAUUUCUUAAUUCUGAUUUGAUUGGGAAUGGGUUGGAAUCUAUUGGCAAUGCUGGUUUACCGAAGAUGGAUGGAUUACUCUUCUUUGGGUUUCUAGAAAAUGCAGUCAAGGCUGAAACUUUUACAGUAUAUUUGUCACUAUGGGAACCGGAGGGGUUUGGAUAAAUGUACGACAGAUGUCAGAUUUUUAUCCCAAGGGAGCUCUUUAUUGUCCAGUUCCUUUGUGGCCGAAUCACGUCAAGCUGAUGAUUCCCCUCAUGCAACUGAGUCACCUGAACUUCCAGAUUGGGUUAAAUCUGCUAGCUUAGCUGGUUCUGCAGCUAAUGAAGUGAAUGAAGAUGAUGACUUUGUGCUUCCCUCACUAACAAAUUGGAUCGUAGGUUACAGAACUCAUCCUACAGGAGUUGAUCUUGAACGAGAAACUGGGGAUUUGUUAAAUACUGAAGUUGAUCAGAUUGGUAAGGUUUUGAAGAAUAAGUUUGAAUCUUUGGAUGCUGUUGUAGAAUCAUUAACUAGUUGUGGAGUUGAGGUGACAGAUAAUUUGGUUAGGCAAAUUUUACAAAGAUUUAGCUGUGAGUGGGUACCAUGUUUGGGGUUCUCUAAAUGGGCGAAAUCUCAAAGAGGGUUCCAGUUUUCGCCUGAAUUGUACAAUUUGAUGGUCGAUGUCAUGGGGAAAUCUCGGAAAUUCGAUCGUAUGUUUGAGUUAGUGGAAGAAAUGAAGCAGCUGGAUGGUUACAUAACAAGGGAUACAAUGAUUAAAGUCAUCCGAAGGCUAGCAAAGGCCGGCAAAUUUGAUGAAGCUAUUACGGUAUUUAGAGGUUUGGAGCAAUUUGGAUUGUCCAAGGAUAUUAACAAUUUGAAUAUUCUAAUACAUGCGUUGAUCAAAAAUCAAGGUAUUGAGCUUGCUGAAAAAGUUUAUCUAGAAUUCAAGGAUAUCAUACCUCCGAAUGUCUACACGUUCAAUAUCCUAGCUCAUGGUUGGUGCAAAAUUAGGAAGUUAAAGAAAGCUAAGGAGACUGUUGAGGAAAUGAAAAGGUUUGGUUUCAACCCCGAUGCUGUCACUUGCACUUCCUUCAUUGAAGCACAUUGUCGUGAAAAAGACUUCCGCAAAGUUGAGGACAUGUUAAAGUACAUGGAGAAGAAUGGACUAGUUCCUUCUGUAACUACGUAUACAAUAAUGAUAACUGCCUUUGGAAAGGCAAAGGAAAUCAAUAGAGCUUUAGAAGCUUAUGAGAAGAUGAAGAAACAGGGCUGUAUUCCUGACAGUGAAUUAUACGGUGCAUUGAUUCAGGCUCUUAGCAGAUCAGGUAGAUGGAAGGAUGCUCGCGAACUCUUUGAGGACAUGGGGAAGCAAGGAGUUAAUCCUGAUAGAUUGGCAUACAAUACAAUGAUUGCUGCUGCUGUUUUCGACUCAAGAGAAGAAGAUGCUUUAAUGUUGCUUAAAAGAAUGGAGGAGAGUAGAUGCAAGCCUAAUAUUGAAACUUACACGCCAUUGCUGAAGAUGUGCUGUAAACUGAAAAGAAUGAAGGUGCUUUCCUUUUUGUUAAGUCACAUGUUCAGUAACAAUGUAAGCCUCACUUUUGGAACGUACGACCUUCUGAUCACAGGGUUGUGCAGGAGUGGGCAUGUUGACCGCGCAUGUACUUUGUUCGAGGAAUUAGUGCAUAAAGGAUUUGCUCCUACGGAUUCUAUGUACGGUAAACUUCUGAAAGGACUGGAAAAGAAGGGUUUGAAUAAGGAGAUACGCAAGAUCAAAGAACUGAUGCAACGGGCCAAACAACGAGCGUCUGUUGAUUCUCGUAAGAGCUUUGUUCAGGUUCAAGAAUGA